AUGGAGUCACAACCCACGAGCAGCAUGGCCCCUGAGAAGAGGGACUUCACCUACAUCGUCAUCGGGUGCGGCGGUAUCGGUAGCGCAGCGCUGUACUGGCUCUCCACUCAGGUCCCCGGCGAGGAGGUGCUCGGCAUCGAGCGCUUCGAGCUGGGCCACCACAACGGCGGCUCGCAGGACCACUCCCGUAUCAUCCGCCUCAGCUAUGACGAGCAGUGCUACACGACGCUGGCGCCCCACAUGUACACCGCGUGGAAGGCGGUUGAAGAUGAGUCGGGCGUGGAGCUGGUCCACAAGACCGGAGCUUUGGUGUUCGGCCCCAAGUCCGGCACCGAGGUGGACAAGUACAUCACCACGAUGAAGACCCAGGGCAUGCCCCACACCGUGUUGUCCGGCGAGGAGGUCCGGAAGAGGUUCCCCCAGUUCAACCUGACCGAUGCAGACCACGCGGUGUACCAGGCCGAUGGUGGUCUCGUUGAUGCUCGCAAGGGCAAUGCGGUUCAUAUUUCCUUGGCGAGGGCCAGGGGUGUUCGCAUCAGUGCCAACACUGUUGUGGAGCUCAUCCAGCCGCUCGGCACCGAGGGUGCUAAGAUCAUCACCAACAAGGGCGCGUUCAGCUGCAAGAAGCUCAUUAUGGCCAGCGGCGCCUGGACCAAGGACAUCGUCAAGUCCAGCUUUGGCCUCGACCUUCCUCUGUGGGUCACCCAGGAACAGGUGACCUACUAUCACACCAAGAACCUGCGCGCCUUCGCCCCUGAUCGCUUCCCUGUCUGGAUUUCGUACUACGACAAGAAGUGCUUCUACGGCUUCCCCGUCUAUGGCGAGGUGGCCACCAAGGCCGGUCUGGAUUGCGGAGGCGAAGUUGUGACGGCGAACACCCGCACGUACGUGCCCGAGAAGAAGGCGGAGACCACCGUGACCAACUUCCUCAAGAAGUACAUUCCCGAGUCGUGCGACGAGGUCGACUUCACCAAGACUUGCCUCUACUGCCUGACACCGGACAGGCACUUCAUCAUCGACAAGAUGCCUGCCUACCCCCAGGUGUCGGUGUUCGUCGGUGCCGGCCACGCCUACAAGUGGGCGUCCCUCAUUGGUCUCAUUUUGGCCCAGAUCGCCGUCAACGGCCAGACCACCUACCCUAUUGAUGCCUUCAGGAUCACCAGGCCUGCCCUCCAGAACGCCAAGACUCCCAAGCUGUAA